CUGCUACUCUUAAAGUGACAGAAUUCCAGGGAGAAGCUGGGACCUGGAAAACUAAGAAAAGCAGUCAAAACAGAAGCAAACAGAUUUCUUCAGUUCUUUUGGGAUGCCAGAGCUCUGAUUUGCUUGACCAAAUUCAGGCAAGGGUGAUAGGACACUGACAGCCAUUUUACCUCUAGUCAUUAUCUCUUUUUAUUCCAUCUGCUUCCUUUAGCUGCCCAAGAGUUAGGUGAUUUACUUCAUAUCUGCACCUUCCAUCUUAUGUGUCAGUCUCAAUCUUUUUCUCCACUGAUCCAUAUCUCUUAGCCUCUGUUCUCCUGAAUUUUUCACUGCCUCAUCUGCCUUCAAGGACUGCAUCUACAGGUCUUUUACCUUUCAUCAGCCACCACUUGUGCUCAUGCCUUUCCUCUGCCCACCACUGUCCUCACCUAUAUUCCGACAUUUGUUUUAGCUCCACGUAGUUCUUUUAUUUUCCCUUCUAGCUGAUUAUCAUUUGCAACCACUUACUAGUAUUUGCAGUAGUGGAGUUAACAGCAAAUGACAGCAUAAGAGCAUCAGUGUUCCUGGAAUUUCACUGCUCUAAUGGACAUGUGUGAACAUUUUGUAAAUGCUCAUUCAUCCUGUAGCAGGACUGGUCUUCUUUGUACAAAGGGACUCCGUACUGAGAACUUCGUGGAAGCAUCACUCAUGAAAAUUCUCCUGCUAGUAGUUCUUAUGUCCACACUGUUGGACAGUAGCUACACCUUCCAGAACUGCACCAUCCCAUGCCACAAGCAUGCAAAUUGUGAAGUUCGCAAUGGAAUACAAGGUUGUUAUUGUAAAGCAGGAUUUACUGGACCUGGCACAACUGGUUGUUACGAUGACAAUGAAUGUGCAAAUGCCACACAACUCUGUGGGAAAAAUGCAAACUGUACAAAUACUGAGGGAAGCUACUUUUGCACGUGUGCUCCUGGAUUCCAGUCUAGUAAUGGCAAUAAAACCUUUGUUACCAAUGAUGGAACUUCUUGCAUAGAUAUAGAUGAGUGCAGUGGAGCGGUAACCAUUGCCUGUGGAGAUCACGCGAAAUGUGAAAAUUUGUAUGGAGGAUAUAACUGCUCCUGUAAGGAAGGUUAUCAACCAUCCACAGGAAAAUUACAGUUUAAGCCAAAUGAUGGCACUUCCUGCCAAGAAAUCCCAACAACAAAGUGUGAAUUGAACUAUGACUGUAUAGCUGAAAAUAUUAACAAAACAUUAGCUGAAAUUAGGGGGAAAAAAGAACCUCUGGAUGUAUUACAACUAAUCAAUCAGAACACAGUAGGACACAUUUCACCAAUAGGCAUGAUUUCCUAUGUAGAAGCACUAUCUGUAUCUUGUCCCUUAAUAAGUACCAUGAAUAACACUAACCUAACACUUAAUAAAUUUGUUGAUACUGUGAACAAUUUUGUACAGAAGAAUAAAAAUGCAGUGUGGGAAGCUAUCCCAACAGACAACAGAAGAAGAACUCUAACUAAACUGAUGCAUACUGUGGAACAAACAGCAGCUCUUGUGUCACAGAACUUCAAAAUGGUGACAGAAGUAGAGGUUAAUGCGAGUGACUUUGCUCUCAAGGCUUUUGCCUUUGAUAUGCAACGUGUGGACCACAUUCACCAACAUGUGCACAUGGGAGGAGAUACUAUAAAGGUCUCUGCAAAGAAAAAAGAAGCAUCUACUUCUAAAGGCACUGUUGCAGUUGUGUUUCUGCAGUACAGCAAUAUUGGCUCUCUGCUUUCAUCAUCGCAGAAUUUUUCAUUGAAGGGAAAUCUGGAACAUGGAGAGAUAGUAGCCUCAUCAGUUAUAGCUGUUUCAGUUAGCUCCACUCCACCUCUGCUCUACCCUGUGGAUAAAAUCACAUUUACUUUAAAGCAUGCACAGACUGUAGACAAAAAGGAUAUUAAGUGUGCAUUCUGGAAUUAUUCAGAAGAUACAAUGGAAGGGAACUGGUCUACAGAAGGAUGUGAACGGACACAUUUUAAUAGCACUCAUACCUCAUGCCGAUGCAAUCACCUUACUCAUUUUGCUGUUUUGAUGUCCUCAAAUAACUCUGAAGUUGACGUCAAGGAUUAUAUUCUUACAAGAAUCACUCAGCUUGGAAUAAUUAUAUCAUUGAUUUGCCUCUCCAUGUGCAUUUUUACAUUCUGGUUCUUCAGUGAAAUUCAAAGUACAAGAACAACAAUUCAUAAAAAUCUCUGUUGCAGCCUUUUCCUGGCAGAGCUUAUUUUUCUUGUUGGAAUUAAUAUGAGCAAUAAUAAGCUAUUCUGUUCAAUCACUGCUGGAUUACUCCAUUACUUUCUCUUAGCUGCCUUUGCAUGGAUGUGCAUUGAAGGCAUUCACCUGUACCUUAUAGUCGUCGGAGUAAUCUACAAUAAGGGAUUCUUACACAAGAACUUCUAUAUUUUUGGCUAUGUGAGCCCAGCAGUGGUUGUUGGCAUUUCUGCUGCACUGGGAUACAAAUAUUACAGAAGAACUGAUGUGUGUUGGCUGAGUACAAAGAAUAACUUUAUAUGGAGUUUUAUAGGACCAGCAUGUCUAAUAAUUCUUGUUAAUUUGAUGGCUUUUGGUGUUAUUAUCUAUAAAGUAUUUCGGCAAACUGCCAUGCUAAAGCCUGAAGUUAGCUGUUAUGAAAACAUAAGGUCUUGUGCCCGGGGGGCUCUUUCUCUCCUCUUUCUCCUUGGUGCUACCUGGAUCUUUGGUGUGCUCCACGUCAUUCAGGGAUCAGUAGUCACUGCAUAUCUUUUUACAAUAUUCAAUGCAUUUCAAGGACUCUUCAUCUUCAUAUUCCUUUGUGUUUUGUCACGAAAAAUCCAGGAUGAAUACUCUAGGUUGUUCAGAAAUGUCCCUUGCUGUUUUGGAUGCUUAAGGUAAAUUGAUGGAAAGCUAAGAUGAGCAGCACCGUGGAAGAAAGGAGAAAAUGAGAGGCUUUAGAGAAAUUGCUAUAUUGUGAAAGUAUGAAAUGAGCUACUGAGCUGUCAUCUCUCUUAAAUCAAUUACAUUCUCUCCAGUAUAGGUAUUGUACUUAAAUGUGCACUCAGGCACACUAUAUUGUGUACAAACAGCAUAUCUGUACAAGACAGACUGGUUUAUUGUGUAACAAAUAAGGUUUCUAAAGGAUCUCAGGACUCUUCAGGGCUAAUGGCUGCAGCUCAGAAGGGAGAGUGAACCCAAGGUGCAAAGCAGUUUUUGUGAGGAACUUUGCUAUUAAUGUUAUAUCUGCUCACUUGGUAAUGAAAAUAAUUUUGCUUAUUGCUGUUUAAAGAGAGUACAUUCCAUUACAGUGUUAAUAAACAAAUUAUACUUUUA